AUGCCUACCUACCACUACCUAGUACCUAACGGACGUAAAGGCGCAACUUUUAAAAGCCUCCACCUGUAAUCAUUCGCUAAAUCGUACUAGGACGGUCGUGUUUCUACCUAAUUAUUUGACGGUCUCUAGCUGUAACAGCUAGUCCUUACCUACCAGAGCCCUAGCCGUCCGUCAGGCUGUUUUCGAUCAUCCGGAACCCCGCCAAGCCAACGCCGUUUUAUGAGCUAUCAACAUCACAAUUCGCUUGAUCGGAUUCCUAAUUGGAGAUAUCUAUAGCUUUAGGUAUGCCUAACUACGUAUUCACUAGUAGCUGAACGAUAGCUCGCCGUGCACGAGCACUACUUGAAAUAUCUCAUACUACGGAACAAACCACCGAGAUCAGCUGAGAUAUACCUGGCGAGAAGAAAAAGUGAAAAGUGAGGCAAUUGGCCCUUGGCCUUAUUGGAACUGUGACAGUUGCGACAAAGCCGACCUACCAGAGAACGAUGACUCGUCAUUAGGGUGUCGCACUAUUUGGCCUCUUGUUAUUUCUCCGAAAUUUCUACCUGUCACAUUCUGACAGUCACAAAGACCCAUGGCAGCUGACGAUCCUCUAAACGUUGUCGCCUUGGUAUCUGGAGGAAAAGAUAGCUUCUACUCCAUUCUCCACUGCCUGGCUAAUGGGCAUCGCGUCAUAGCACUGGCUAAUCUCCAUCCGCCGCCGCCUAGAGUUGCCAGUACUAGUACACGAGCUACUGUCAGAUCUGGAGAUGAAGAUGGAUCUAGGGCCGAGGUUGACAACGCUAUCAACGAUCUUGCUGCCAUACGGAUCUCCCCCAGCGAUAUUACGGUUGCCCAACAUCAGCACGGUUCACUCUUGGGACUAAGAGCUGACAAUAACAGCCAAGAUGACGAUGAGAUCGACUUGAAUAGUUUCAUGUACCAGACCGUGGGCCACCAGGUGAUCCCUCUUUAUGCCCAAGCCACAGGGCUGCCUCUAUUUCGCCGGGCUAUCCUUGGUACCGCCGUAGAUAGUGGCAUAAGUUACAAGCACCCCGAUGGCCACCAGGAAGAGGACGAAACGGAGUCCCUAGUCCCGCUUCUUCAUGCCGUCCUCAAGGCUCACCCGGAGGUUAAUGCCCUGUGCACGGGCGCAAUACUAUCGACGUACCAACGAACCCGCGUCGAGUCCGUCGCCUUGCGUCUCGGCUUAAUUCCGCUGGCGUUCCUUUGGCAAUUCCCUGACCUUCCGCUUUCUUCCGCCGCCGCUACUACUUCUACUUUCUCCACAUCUACUCUUCAGCCUGCAGAUACCGAUGAUGCGCAGUUACUUCGCGACAUGGCUGCCGCAGGGCUGGUGGCCCGUAUAGUGAAGGUGGCUAGCGCUGGUUUGGGAGAAGAGUUUCUAUGGGAAAAUGUGGCUAGCGAUACUGGCAUAUCACGUAUCCGCCGAGCACUUCGGCGCUUCGGCGGCGACGGCGGACGCGGCGCCGUGCUCGGCGAAGGAGGCGAGUUCGAGACUCUUGUUGUAGAUGGACCGCCAGUGCUUUUUAAGGGUCGCAUCGUUAUACGCGAUGAUGACAAGAGAGUUGUACGUGAGGGCGGUGGUAGUGCCUGGUUGAAUGUUCGUGAAGCCCAAGUUGAGAUGAAGCUAGGUACAGAUAUAACUUCUAAGACAGAGGACCAAAACGUCCGUAUUCCGAACCUUCUUGAUCCGAAGUUCAAGGAUGCACUCGAUUUGCUGCACAGCAAAUCUUUGGGAUACGAGCAUUGUACCAUCAGCCUACACGAAAUUGGCCAGCAGCCAUCUCCCCUUUCUCUCAAGCUUACCAACUCUAUUAGCCAAGACUGGUACUUUGUUGGGCGUCCAGGAAACAUUGAAGCCCAGACAGCCCAAAUUGUGGACGAGGUACGCCAACAGUUACACGAAUAUUCAUUACCAACAACUGCUAUUACCAACACCAUCAUUGUUCUACGGCGUAUGUCGGACUUCCCGACUGUUAAUAGGCUUUACGGGGCAUUGUUCCGAGAGCCAAAUCCGCCGGCCCGAGUCACUAUAUCCUGUGGCGACCUCUUGACGCCUCAAGGUGCUGAUAUAUCUAUUCUUCUCACGGUGCAACCUCGGAUGAAGCAGGGAGAUAGGCGCGGCCUACACGUACAGUCUCGGUCUUACUGGGCGCCCGCCAACAUCGGCCCUUAUAGUCAAGCCAUUACAUACCCGCUCCUCACAAUUGAUGAAGACAAAAAUAGGGAUAAUGACGUAAAUUCGAAUUUGCCCCUUGCAGUAUCUAUUGCAGGUCAGAUUCCUCUAGUACCUGCAUCUAUGAGCUUACCCUCUGUGCCACCAGACGGCGAUGAUAAUCUCCGACUACAAGUCACUCUGGCGCUGCAACACCUCUGGCGUGUCGGCGCCGAGAUGCAGGUUCAAUGGUGGAGUAGCGCCGUGGCGUAUUUCCCCCGCUCGCCUUCUACCCCCCACGCGAAACACUGCGCUCUGCUGGCUGCAAGUGCCUGGAAAGCCGCGCACGCAGUACCUUCUUCUGCCUCAAGUGAUGCGGAAGAGGGCCCGGAUCUGUGGGAUCGGAAAUAUAACCCCUUGUACAUGACUUAUGGCGGCGGCAAUGACGUCGGUGCCGCAAAGCCGGGGCUUCCGGAUUGGGAGGUGCUGAAGGACUUUGACGCCGACGAUUAUUCUGAAGGGGGUUUGUCGCAGAGAGCAUUGCCUUUUGUCUUUUCUGCUGAGGUUGAGGAGUUACCAAGGGCUGCUGGUGUCGAGUGGCAUGCGCAUCUUGGGUUUGCGAACGUGGGUUUUGGAGAUGUACGGCUGUACUCGUCUCAUGGCUCAGACAAAGACCAGCGUACGGCAAUGCAUAGUGUCGUUGUUGAGUCGCCUUCCGGAGAUGUGUUCGUUCAGACCGUCGCGGCGUACCAAGAUAGCGAUGCGGCUGGGAGUGGAAUUGGUGUGCGCGGAACGCAGCAUAUGUUAAGGGUGGUAGGCCAGAUCCUACAGACGAGCGAUCGUUCACAGCUGGGUUUUAUUGAGGUAAACCCAAAGCUUACGUACAUCAAUUCCGAGUCCUUCGACCUACUUGGCGAGACGGAGUCUUUGCAAGGGAAGGGGGCAAUUAUUCCGUGUAGGUCGCUGUGGGACUCCGAGGCGCGGAAGUUGGAUAUGGUGGUGAUAUUGGAGAGUAGAUGGGGGAGAAAAGCUGAUGGAAGUUAGGGUUCAAAUACGGAUAAAACAAUAGGAUCUGUCAAUCAUCUAUGAAGAAUCAUUUCGUCGUCAUAUGUAUCCUAUAUAG